AUGGUCUUCGGAGUGGUGGAAGGUUCGGCUACAGCUGGUUGUGUCAAAGAGGGUGGGCAGCCGAUCAGUAGGUAUGCAGAGGAUUGGACAUGAAUCAGUGACCGUUGUGCGCUUAAACAUCCAGAUAGACAGGUUAGCUUAUAAGGAGAUAGAGACACGUUUGUAAACAGCAAUUCACUUCACAUAGCGUUUCGGAUUGUCACCAGAUCACGCCAUCAAAGACGGAAAAAUGAUAACGGUGCUAGACGCACGGAGUGGUGUAGCAUAUAUAUGCGGAGUUGGCUAUACCAAUGCCCGGAUAUAAUAACUAACAGGUCUGGCAGUCCCAGCCGUGCAGUGGUCGCGCUCUCGUCAGCUGGCAAAUGAGGAAUCAUCGGAAAAAUCUCCAACGUAAUGACAGUAAACUAGACAGAUACACGAAAGAUUGUAUCACGCAUGCUGUCAAAAACAGCAGUGAAAAACCCCAUAUAGAUGUCCAAAUAUGCGCGAACCUUAUUAAAACGCUAACAUACGAGAUGAAUGUGGAGUUUAUGGCAGUGGAGCACUCAGAUGCGGUAUCGCCGAUAGACCGAGGCAUGACGUGGGUCCAAGCAGUGGGCUUGACUCAAAUCUGGAACCAUACGAAACCGAUCACAGAGGGUACUAUUCUCAGACCCAUCAAAUUACCCAAAAGCAAUCUAACGUACAGACGGGCAAAGCAGUUGCCUUCGUGUCUCCAAUUUCUGAUGUCUGAUUCAAACACUAUUGUCAGUUUGCCAACGUAAUUAUCUGAAAAACAAAAGGCCACUUCUCCUAUCAAAAGAGGGCCAUUGCAUUCUCUGAUGUCACGUUCAUAUCCACUUUAUUCCCCAGGUUCUAGUAGUCAGUAACAUUGAACAACUCCCGUAAAGCAGAUAGUACUCAACGGAGGAUUGCCUCGGAUACACCCAGAUCCUCCAACUCCUCAAACCCUCUCUCAGGACGUACAUGUUCGAUGGGCCGAUCUACGAGCAAGUGGAAGGCAAGCCAAUGGGUUAACCGAAUUCGGUCUUCACAGCUGAGGUGAUCUUGUAACAGUUGGAGUGGCUGGUCUUCCGUCACCAAAUGUAUACAUCCUGGAUUCCGAACGUUGAUACUCAAAGAAUAUCUCGACGAUGUCUUCCCCGACGCACAAGUUACGAUGAAGGAAGAUAAAAACGGUCUCCUUGGUCUACUUGAUGUCUUCCGCAAGGGUUGUCGUUAUCUAACAAAGUAGGAUGUUUAGGAAAGUGACAAAUGUAACGUAUGUGUUGAAAUUCAACGCCAGCCAAGCAAUUAGCUGAAAACGCAAUUAAGUAGGGGCGUUAAACAAUGUGUUAAGGCGCACUACAGUGGAUAGGACGCCACGACCACCGAAUUAAAAUAUGUUAGGAUGGUGGAUGAAGUUUUGCGCACGUACCCACUCGAUGCAUGCACAAGAAAGUCGAUUGAUAACAUAGCACUGGUCAGCAAAUUUUGGAGAGCGCUCCCGUGUGGGAAGAAAAUCCCUGAGGCCUAAGUCGUCUCCACAACCCAAUGAGAUUAGGGGUUGCACACAAACCGGAGGCAACCAUCAGUCGCCAAGUAAUGAGGCAGGAGUCACCAAUGUCACGAUAGAUGCCUGAAAUCGUUUCCCACAUCGUGUGCUGUUGCGAGAAGUGCAGUGUAUUUUGGCGAAACUGGGAGAUGUCUUCGGAUGCGGAUGAGGAACCAAGUAGCAGCAUCAGCAGCGAGGAAUGACGCCAGCACUCAAGUCAUGGCCCAUAUGACGGGGACUAAGCAUCCCUCAGAGUUUGCCCAGGUUGUACGUUAGCUGAAUACCCAAUUGUUUAAAUUCAGACGACCUCGGCGUGUUUCUAAGCCACAGAAGAACAGGCUCAGCCUGUGUGCAGUCAACGCCAUAACCACUUGAGUUCGGAGGCCCCGAUCGAGAGACUUGGUUUUUUCGCAGUUUGACUAUGUUGCCAGCCCAGCCGACUGAAACGUACCGAAUUCACCAAUUCCUACAAAUUAUGCCGACUCCCAUGCAGGCUCUCUCGACCAAUCAAUUGGCGUUUCAUUAGACAAUUACCAGACACGUUGAUAAACUCAAAUCUGAUGGUCGGGUGGUUAGACCGUCAGGUGCACACAAACCGUGCCAUUUAGUGGCUUCGAAUCCCGCAAUGAAUGUUGAGUCAUUCCCAAUCGUGUACUCGCUCAAAUUGUUUAAAUCUGUCAAGACGUCGUGUAAAGCUAAUAUUCUCUGGGAAGGUGACAACAGCUUUAAUCGCAUUGCGUUCCCGUCAUGGUUCUUCGUUCCGAGGUCUAACAAGCACAAUGUCCUCUGUCCUCCAAAUUGAACUCGCAGUCUUCCCUCGGACAGGGUAACUAGUGACGCAGGCAGUGUUUGUGCAUUCGCUGCGUCUGGUUACAACACCGUAAGGUAAUCUGGCGAAAGAAUAGUCCCAGUUAUUUUCAUCGUUGACGAUGAAAUGCGGCCUUAAGCUGCUCGGAUAAGAGCAGUUACGCAGUUGUCACACCGAGUACGGCCACCUGUGACAAAUGCAGGAGCUGCUAAUUUUGAUAUAUAGGCGGCUUCAUCUCAACUGCUUCGCAUAAUUACUUUGCUCUUCGCGUCCAUCAGCUUCAUUCCUAGUUGUCUUCUGUAAUGAGUCUAAGCAUUCAUCCGAAUCUCCUUCCUAAUCGUUUAUCAGUUGCUUCUUCCGCCAGUCGAAUUUUGUGCUUUUAUCCCCAUAUUUGAUCAUGCCUAUGUUCUUUAUGCGUAAUUCAUUUUUGUACGUUAUGUUUUUGUGUGUUAAGCGUCUAUAUUUUCCCACUCGACUUUAAUUUUAGCAGUCGCGUUUGCUCCGCCUUGUCUCCGCUUAAUUAUUCACCCUUUAGCGCUUGUGUGCAAAGAUGAUUUGCGUGUUUCUAAAACAUCCUAGCAGUCAAUAUGUGGUUGCCAGUUUCAGUGCGCACUCAUUUACCCUAACGUCCGUCGUAACUACAAUUAUCUCAUAUGUUGUGUUACAUUACUUUUCAUUAAUCUUUAUUGACUAAAUUCUUUACGCUACAUAGUACUGCGUGCAAUGUUUAGGCUGGUUUGUGUGCUACGCAGAUGCCAAUAUGAUCUAUCUGCCAAGCGAUUUCAACAGCGCUUCCGUGCUAUAAGCCAUGUAGCAGAACCACCGCUGCGUAAUUUCUCAAUUUUUUUGCGGCCUUUAAAAAUGUCGGCCAGAUACAGCCGAUUUUUGUAAGCGUGUUUUAUUAAGCAAAUCUUUCAUAAUGUAAUGGCGCAGCCUUUUGCAAGUUGUAUGACAGUUGCUUCUGAAAAUACUGAAAGGGAAUAGCAAUGUUAGUAUGAAGAGAAGAGGACUGUGAGACGCCAUCCGCGACUGCGCUCUGGAAGCCCUCGGUCGCAUACGCCGACUGUGCGGGGAAUGGUUCGAUAACGAGUUUUGGACGACAGGUCAGAACAAUAAAACUCCUCAACACGGCUGGCGACAACGAAAAAACAGUAUUUCGAUGCAGAAGUUUAAGAGAUGUAAAAUACCACGGUGACUUACACAACCGGAGAAAUCUGAGGAUACACUGACUGCAGCGAAAUCAAUAACUUUUUUGGCAGCUACCCCACUACAAAUUGAAGGAAUGCGUCUUACAUUUUUUCAGUAGCGGUCAGUCUCCGAAAACAAAGAGAUGUGGGUCAUGCAGUCAGCCAAGCAAAGGCUGCAUUACACGCGGCGUGAACAGUGAAAUGGCCAGGGGUGUUUGGCCGAGGUUACUAUGCCGAGUAGGUGGCGUAGGGGUGUCCAGCUGUGGGUCCAGGUGACGGCCAUAAUAGGUCGCUCGCUUGCCUGCAGGUAUAGACUACGUCUAGCAUCCACUCGCAGGCACCCAACUCACAGUUGUGGCUCCCCGAAGCUGGGCUCUGCCUAGCGGCCAUACCACGGUAACUGCUUCGACCGGUGGACUAAACCAGGUAAGGGUAUCCGUAUGUUCAUCUUCGCACACAGUACUCUCGGCCCCGCUGCCUGGAACUUGCAUCUCGGUGGUGAGGCUCCAUCUGCAACACCGUAGGAGGCCAUAAGGUAGGCACGGUCGCUGGGUAAGCGAGCGUCCCUCUGCUGUUUUCGUUCUUACUUGUUCUUGUCUACUUGCUUUCUGUCUGCUUGUUUUUAUCUGUCUUUGUUGAAAACUAAAUGUCGUUCUGUUGUAUUCGUCAGCCCACUGUUUUUAUUUCGGCAGUCAGUCAGCAUACAGAGGUACGGCAAAGCUCUUCAUCCCGUCUGUCUACCCUUCCACCCCUCUUCAAGCGGUGUCGUAGGCAGUCCCAGGCUAACUCGGAUCGUUCUCCCACUGAAAAAAAAUUCGUGGCCCAUAUUAGAGGCCAGACGCCGUCUGGGACAAAUGAGUAGCCCUAUUUAGGGAGAGCACUGCUCACCCCACGACUAGGAAGGGGCUAGAAAAGGUGCCCUAACCAAAUGCUGUGGACCCACGCCGCCUAAAGGCUGACCGUGGCCUCAGAUGCAAAACUCACUGUCGGAACACUCAAACCACAAAUAAUACUCUCUCUUCCCCCUCCUCCUCCCGCCGCCCCAAUCACCAGACUGGUAGGAUGAGUUUGCUAACUCGGGCAGCCUGCAAUGUUCAUUCCCUUUUAGAAAAUCCGAGGAGCAACCAACCGGAACGGAGGACGGUGCUAGUGACUCUGGAUCUGGCGCGCUACAAGGUGGACAUCGCUGUACUCAGCGAGACUCGCUUCUCCGAACAAGGCCAACUAGUGGAUGCCGGCUACACCUUCUUCCGGAGCGGUCGCCCCAGGGCAGAGCGACGGGACGCGUGCGCCCACUUCGCCCUUCGGAACGACAUCGCGUGACGACUGUCCUGUCUGCCGCAGUGCACCAGCGAUCGCCUGAUGGGACUACUCCUGCCCCUCUGAGAAAGCCAGUUCGUCACUGUUGUCAGCGUCCGCGCCCAGCCAAUGACAGCCCUGACGAGGCGAGGAACAAAUUGUACGAACACCUGCACGCCCUCCUGGCGUCUGUAUCGAAGGCAGAUAAGUUGAUUGACCUUGACGACUUCAAUGCCCCCAUCGGAAGAGACCUUGCUGACUGGAGAGGGGUGCUGGGUCCCAUGGCCUCUAUGGCUUCAACGACGACGGCCUGCUCCUCCUACGAACCUGCGCAGAACACCGGUUCAUCCUGACCAACACCGACUUCCGCCUCCCGAUGCGAGAAGAGACCAUCUAGAUGCACCCUUCGUGGGGACCUUGGCACCUGCUGGGCUAUUUCCUCGUCUGGAGGCGAGACCGGCGGGACGUGCUGGUGACAAAGGCGAUCCCGGGCGUCGACGAGUAGACCGACCACCGUUUCUUCCUCUCCAAGAUUCGGAUUUGCUUACAGCUUCGCAGGAGAUCUCGAGGUUAGAGACCCCCAGGUAAGCUGAAUAUUGCUUUGCUGUCCUUGCCUGCUCACCAUCUUCAUUGAGGCAAUGAGAGAGCUUAACGGCCAACCGGCCUUCCAGUCGCCGCCGCUGCUGCCGACGAGAAUGCCACCAUGGAGAACCGAUGUUGUCAACUGCGGGAUACAGUCCAGUCGACGGCCCUGACUGUCCUCGAUCACACACAACGCCAACAUCAGUGUUGGUUUGGUGACAACGACGCCUCCAUCAGCAACCCGCUCGCCGAGAAGAACCGAUUGCACAAGGCCUACGUCACCCACCCUACCGACGGCAAAAAGGCAGUCUUCUACCGUAGGCGCUGCCUUUUGCAACAGCGGCUGGGGGAGAUGCGGGACUCUUGGAUGGCUCGCAGGGCCAGGGUGAUCCAAGAGUACGCAGAUCGCAAUGAGUGAAAAAACUGCUUCGCCGCGACCAAGGCUGCCUACGGUCUGACGGCCGAAGCAACUGCUCCAGCUCUCAGCGUCGACGAGAUUGCCAUAUCUCCAAGAAGACAUGAGUUUUACAGCGAUGAGCUGAGCACUUCAGUGGACUCCUCAGCCAUUCUUCCUCCAUCUCCGAAGCCGCUAUCGCCCGUCUGCCUCAAGUUGAGACCACCGCCGAAAUUGACCUCCCGCCAUCUCUCUCAACGAAACCCCUACGGCCGUGCAGCAGUUCUCCUGGAAGAAAGCGCCCAGAUCGGAUUCGACCCCUGCGGAUAUCCACAAGCAUGGUGGCCUAACUCAUGGAUCAUCUGA